ACUCUCAGGUUCGCAUCUGAAAUCAGUAAACUGUCAAAAUCCAAAGAACAAAGAUGAAAUUCCUCGUAGCAGCUUUCCUUGCCAUCGCUUUGGUCUCCGUCCAAGCCACGGAGUCCCAUAACAAGAUCAAGCAUUACUCCGAGGGUUGCAUGGAAACCACCGGAGUUGAUCACGAAAUUGUUGCAAAUGCCCGCAAAGGUGAGUUCGUCGAGGACGAGAAGUACAUGAAGUACUGCCACUGCAUGUGCAAGAAGAUGGAUAUCAUGGACCAUGAUGGACAUCUUCAUGAAGAGCAUAUGUUGGACAACCUUCCAGAAGGUGUCGAAAGGGAGGAAGGAGCCAAGAUCAUGAAGAAAUGCAUGGCUGAAGCUCACGAUGAAACCAGCCACGAGAAGAAGGCUUUCCUUUUCUUCAAGUGCUUCGUCCAUGGUGUCGGCAAACCAGUCAACUUCUUCAAACACUGAAUACUUUUUAAAUAUGCUUAUUAGACUCUAAAUAAAAGAUGAAUAUUUUUCUUCAAA